GGUAGGAGAAAGGAUCUUAGUGCACAUGCUCAUAUAGAAAAUAUUGUCAUUGAAUCCUUCCAAUCUCCUUUUGAAGAGAUAAAGUCUGCUACCUCUUAUGCUCUUGGUAAUAUCGCUGUUGGCAACCUUCCAAAAUACUUGCCAUUUAUCUUGGAUCAGAUUGAUAAUCAGCAGAAAAAAUAGUAUAUCUUGCUUCAUUCUUUGAAGGAGGUAAUUGUGAGACAAUCUGUUGAUAAAGCAGAGUUUCAAGAGUCGAGUGUUGAGAAAAUACUUAAUUUACUCUUCAACCACUGUGAAAGUGAAGAAGAAGGGGUGCGCAAUAUGGUGGCCGAGUGUUUGGGAAAAAUUGCACUUAUUGAACCUGCAAAACUUGUUCCUGCACUCAAGGUAAGAACAACCAGCCCAGCUGCUUUUAUCCAAGCUACUGUUGUCAUUGCUGUAAAGUACUCUAUAAUGGAACGUCGUGAGAAGAUAGACGAGAUAUCAUCAUUUCUAAUGCUUAUCAAGGAUAAUGACAGUCAUGUUAGACGAGCUGUUGUCCUGGCUUUAAGCACAUUUGAACACAAUAAGCCGAACCUCAUCAAAGGUCUUCUUCCUGAUCUGUUGCCUCUUAUCUAUGAUCAGACAAUUGUUAAGCAAGAGCUUAUACGGACAGUUGAUCUUGAAUUGAGGAAGGCAGCGUUCGAAUGUGUGGACACAUUAUUGGAUAGUUGUCUUGAUCAAGUGAACCCCUCAUCAUUCAUUGUUCCUUAUCUGAAAUCUGGGUUGGAUGAUCAUUAUGAUGUUAAAAUGCAUUGCCAUCUCAUACUCUCAAAGCUAGCUGAUAAAUGUCCUACUGCAGUCUUGGCAGGUUCUUAA